GUUUGAAUGGGGCGAACGAACAGAUCCUUUGUCACAUAUUCCUGAGGAUACUUCAAAGGUUAAGACUGAACUUCAGGCAUUCCUAAAAGAUGUCUUUUUCCGGCUUGGGUGACGUCAUUGACCCAAAUGUGACCGAAUCCUACCUUGAAGCACGCCCAUAUGGGUCUACAGGAGGACAGAUAUUCUUCUCCUUCAUCUACAUGCUAUGGAUCCUCCUCGCAAAUAUCUUCAUCCUCUUCCUCAUCGUCAAGGACAAGGCUCUUCGCCAUCAGCCCCACAACAUCUACGUGGGCAUUCUCUGCCUCGCUGACAUCACAGUCGGACUGUAUUAUCUCCCCUUGAAUAUGGACUUCAUGUCUAGAGGGCGCUGGGGACAUGGCUGUUUAUCGCUAGGUGUCUUUGCGUACUACCCAAUAUAUCAAACUUGUUUUUGUGCGUUCAUUGUGUUUCUGCUCCUCUUUGCCCGCCUGAUGAGUUUAUGCAGCUGUUGGAGACAAAAUCCCAUGUCGCUGAAGAAACGGUUCAUUUUCCACGGACUUUCUUUACUGAUCACGUUGGUUUAUACGCUCAUGUUGCCUGUCCUGUUGUCUGUAGGGGCAGAUGCCUUUAGAAACAGAGGCGGGAACAUACCAGACUUUUUAGGAAACGGUCCAGUAGUUUCCCGUGUGGAAGUUGAGUGCCCUGUAUUGAACGGAUUUGAUCAUUUUACUCGUGUAUUAGUAAUACUGUCAGGAUUCUGGGCGCCCAUGUUUUUCUCCAUCGUGUUUCUCGCUAUAUUCCUGAUCAUGAUCACAAGGGCUGCAGCCCCCGAGCAGUCAAACCAGGACUCGUCCAAGGUUCCCGUGAAGGUUCUCAUCGUGGCCUUCUUAGUAUCCUUCAUCAUACCCAGUGGGUACCUCACAUACAUGUCGUGUGUCUCCCUGCACCGUGUGUGUUUCUACCAAUACAGGGUCCCGACUUCACCUGUGACGGGGCAAUAGCAGGUCUGUCGGUCUUCCUUCAGUGGGUGUUGAUCUCCAAAUGCGGAGUUCUCCCCCUUGUGUGGUUCCUUGGCGAAGAUUACCGAAGUGCAGCGAGACCAAUCGUUGGGAGGUUAGGUCCUGUUCUGAAGUUCUGUAGGAGGUGGAGGUAUGGCGGGCGAGAAAGGAUGACUACAGACCCGGGCAGCGAGGACGAUGUUGACUAAUAUCGUGGAGGACAUUGACCAAAUUCUUUCCUGACAAACAUUAAUAACUAAUCAAAUAAAUAAUUCAUCGAAGAAGUUCAUUCGUUAUUGAUCUGGUAUUUCAGAUUGGGAGUGUCGUUGAUUUUGCAAACGUCCGGGCAAGAAACCUACAUGCUUAUGUUAGUUAAGGGGUGACAACUGAACAAUGAAGAAAAUGUUUGAUAAUGUUUCAGAUAUUUAUGUAUUUAAUACGGAUACGAGGCGUGUUUCUAAUCGCUUCAGCGACAAUUUUUUAGUCAACUAACAUUUGGAUAACGUUUUCACUUUUUAUUGUUGUAUUUUUCAUGUAAUGCUGUGUUUUUGCCAGUUUUGCUUAUCAACAUCUAUCAUCAUUUCUAAGCUUCUUCGUAGCUCCAGGCGGUGGGUAGCCUAGUGGUUAAGCAUUCGCUCGCCACGCGGGUUCGAUUCCCCACAUGGGUACAAUGUGUGAAGCCCAUUUCUGGUGUCCCCGGCCCUGAUAUUGCUGGAAUAUUGCUGAAAGCGACGUUAAACCAUACUCACUCACUCACUCUCUCUUUGUAGCUCCAGGUGGCACCCUGACAAGUCUGAGAUGUAACAAUAUCUAAAAGUGUCAGUGUGUAAUGUGUGGAUUCUGGGCUGAUAGUUCACUGUUGUCAACGCCGGCCUGGUGUAAGGACACAAUGAUUUAAACCAGGUGGAUGUACUGUUAAAUGCACCUUCAAGACUGUGUGAUGGAGUCACGUGUGGUUAAUUAUCAGAUAAUAAGACUGCUACUAUCCAUAUGAAAUGCUAUCAUUUUCCACUGAUGAAUCAAUUUCUAUCAUAACGAGUUGAGGUGAGGUGAAAUGGGGUUUCUCGUCGUUAAUAAGAAUUGUCCGCUCAUGACGACCUGCAUGCCGAGACUUUAGCUGGUUUUAUGGUGCUAGGUCACUGAUAUACAAUGCAGCAGUUAAGCAGGAAUACCGCACUCAGGCACAUUAUACUGACUCCGAGCCGACCAGUCCUUGUUGUACCCACUAAUGCCAAGCGCUAAGCAGGGGC